AACAGCGACUAACGAGAACUGAUCGGGAGCAGCGCUUGAAGAGUUUUCUCGCAAACCCACUAAAGGACUAUCCUGACCUCAAGUUUACAUUCGUCCUUAGUAGAGUUUGUCCGGAUCUUCUCAUUUGCUUAAAUUUUUUUUCGAGAAAAAGGAACGAUGAUGUUCAAUUUCAACGCGGAUUGCGACUCUUCCUCUCGCUGCAGCACCGCUUCCCCGUCCGUGGACACUCUGGGAUAUUACCCGUCACCAGCGGGAUCUUACUCCAGCAUGGGAUCUCCCCAGUCUCAGGAUUUCACAGACCUGACAGCAUCAAGUGCCUCCUUCAUCCCCACAGUCACAGCCAUUUCCACAAGCCCAGAUCUUCAGUGGAUGGUCCAGCCUGUGGUCUCCUCAGUGGCCCCUUCCCACGGAGCUCACCCUUACACCUCCAGCCCUAGCCCUGCAUACUCAAGAGCAGUCAUGAAAUCUGCAGUGUCCAGGGCUCACAACAAGAGAGGCAAAGUGGAACAGAUGACACCUGAGGAGGAGGAGAAGAGAAGGGUUCGCAGAGAGAGGAAUAAGCAGGCAGCAGCAAAAUGCCGCAACAGGAGGCGAGAGCUUACAGACACUCUGCAAGCUGAAACUGAUAUCCUGGAAGACCAGAAAUCCAACCUGCAGAAUGAUAUCGCCAACCUGCUGAAGGAGAAGGAGAGGCUUGAGUUCAUUCUGGCUGCCCACCAGCCCAUUUGCAAAAUCCCCUCUGAGCUGGGCACAGACUUCCCCCUGACCUCCCUCUCUCCUACCCACUCCUGCCACUCCGCUGCAGUGUCCACCCAGCCACAAAUCACCGUCUCUCAGACACCCGCUAUCGUUUCCAGCCAGCCGACCUUCACCUCAACCUCCAACUCCAUCUUCUCUAGCGCCAGCGCUGCCCUCUCCACAGCCACCGUCUCUAGCAGCACAGUCAAGAUGUCAGACCUGGAGUCCUCUGUCCUGGAGGAGUCUCUGGAUCUCCUGGCAAAGACGGAGAUGGAGACGGCACGGUCGGUGCCAGAAGUCGACCUGUCCAGCUCCCUCUACACGGGUCAGGAGUGGGAGGCUCUUCACACCUCAGCUAAUACCAAUGACUUCGAGCCCCUGUGCACACCUGUAGUAACCUGCACCCCGGCCUGCACUACCUACACGUCUUCAUUUGUAUUCACCUUCCCAGAGGCAGAGACCUUCCCCACCUGCGGCGUUGCCCACAGGAGAGGAAGCAGCAGCAAUGAGCAGUCCUCCGACUCCCUCAGCUCACCCACCCUGCUGGCCCUCUAAAAGACUGUACAAGAAACAAUGAUUCUUCCUAUCAAAGCACACUUUCUUACAUAGAUGUGCCGAUCACAGGGCUAUGGAAUGGACGUAUAUUAAAUUAUUUAUGAUUUUUAUCUGCCUUUAUCUAUACUUGCCUAUAACACCAAUGUAGCAAGUUUAAAAAACAAAAACAAAAAAAGCUCUCCCCGCAUGUUUCAACUAAUACCACCUAGUCGUUAUAUGAGUUCGUAUAUGAUUUAUAUGGUGCUAGAUAACAUAACUUGCUGUUUAUCGAUGUGUGUUCAGAGCAAUAGUUAUUAUUGAUCCAGUUUGUUUUCUGGUUAAUGGAAUGUGAGAGUUAAUAUGUGAACUGUUUGUGAAAUUUUAAAAAGAAAAAAACAAACAAACAAAAAAACACGUGCAUUGUCUUAACCAUGGUCUGAGUGGUCUAUCUGAAGUUUUCUGUGAAAACAUUAGUCCUUUUAAUUUAUUAAAUUUAUUUUUUUACACAUAGAGGAAUAGAGAAAGAGAUAGUAAAGAAGAAUGUUGUUUGUAAGAUAUGUAAAUAAAAAGA